UCGGGCUGAGCUUCUCUGCUGAGAGAGUCGGAAGUUUGCCUUCGUGUUGCGCUGUGUACUCUUUUAUGGGGAGAGCGCUGGCGAUCUAAGCAGCCUUGCCAUGAAUGCAGUGACCUAUGGUGAUGUGCAUGUUGACUUCACUGAGGAAGAGUGGGCUUUGCUGGAUUCUUCCCAGAAGAAUCUUUACAGAGAUGUGAUGCUAGAGACCUACAGGAACCUCACUACUAUAGGCUACAGUUGGGAAGACCAUAUUAUUGAAGGACAUUGUCAAAGUUCCAGAAGACAUGGAAGGUAUGAAAGUAGUCAUACUGGAGAGAAAACCUCUGAGUAUACUCAGUAUAGUAAAGACUUUGCAUAUCACAGGCAUCUUCAAAGGCAAGAAAGAAUUCAUGCUGGAAAGCAACCCUAUGAAAGUCUUCAAUAUGGUGAAAACUUGGUACGCCACAGUAGUCCCCGAAGAACAUAUACUGGAGUGAAACCCUAUGGAUGUAAUCAAUGUAGUAAAACUUUUGCACAUCUCAGUAGUCUCCGAGUACAUAAAAGAACACAUACUGGAGAGAAACCUUACAAAUGUAAUCAUUGUGGUAAAGCCUUUGUACGUCAGAGUAAUCUUCAGAAACAUAAAAGAACACAUACCGGAGAGAGACCCUACAAAUGUAAUCAAUGUGGCAAAGAUUUUGCAGAUCCCACUCAUCUUCAAGUACAUAAAAGAACACAUACUGGAGAGAAACCUUAUGAAUGUGAUCAAUGUGGGAAAGCCUUUUCACAAAAUAGUAGUCUCCAAAUACAUAAAAGAAUACAUACUGGAGAGAGACCCUAUGAAUGUGAUCAAUGUGGGAAAGCCUUUUCACAAAAUAGUAGUCUCCAAAUACAUAAAAGAACACAUACUGGAGAGAAACCCUAUGAAUGUGAUCAAUGUGCUGAAGCUUUUGCAUGUUACAGUGGUCUCCGAAUGCAUAAAGGAACACAUACUGGAGAGAAACCCUAUGAAUGUAAUCAGUGUGGUAAAGCUUUUGCACAUCAUAGUAGUCUCCGAGUACAUAUAGGAAAACAUACUGGAGAGAGACCCUAUGAAUGUAAUCAAUGUGGUAAAACCUUUGCAUGUCUUGGCACUCUCCGACUACAUAAAAGAACCCAUACUGGAGAGAAACCCUAUGAAUGUAAUCAAUGUGGUAAAGCCUUUACAUUUAACAGUAGUCUCCGAUUACAUAAAAGAACACAUACUGGAGAAAAACCCUAUAAAUGUAAUCAAUGUGGUAAAGCCUUUGCACGUCAAAGUCAUCUGCAACUACAUAACAGAACACAUACUGGAGAGAAACCCUACAAAUGUCAUCAAUGUGAUAAAGCCUUUACAUGUAGCAGUAAUCUUAGAAUUCAUGAGAAAAAAUCACAUUGCAGAGAAACCUUAUAAAUGUUAUCAGUGUGGUAAACUUUGCACUUCAUGAUAGUCUUUAUACACAAGUAAAACUUUUAGUGUGUAAUUGGUCUGUUCAAGCUUUUGCUCAUCACAGUAAUCUUUGAGAAUCUGGAAAAAAACUAGUACAGAAGGGAAUCUGGCUAUGAAGGAUUUGGUACAAUCUUUAGCCAACACACUUAUAUUUAGUUACUCAAGAUUAUUCUGGAGGAAAGAUCUGAUGUGUCAACAAUCUGUUGAAGUAUUAUGAUGUCCCUAUGAAUUAAUAUAAGGAGGUAACCCUUUUAGAUUUCACACUUCUCUUCAAUUAUGUGAAAUAAUUUAUCCAGGUGUAAAGCUUUAUGGGUGUGUAUUAGUGCCUUUUCUGUUGCUGUGAUAAAACAUAAUGUCUAAGUCAAUUUACAGAAGAGUUUAAUUUGGCCCUUGGUUGCAGAAUAUUACAGGAUCACUAUGAAAAUGGCAUGGCAACAAUUGUCAGAUGUGGUAGGUAAAGCAGAAAGCUAAGAACCCACAUCAUCAAUCUGCAGCAUGAAGCAGAGAGUGGGAUCUGAAAAUGGUGUGCAGAUGUAAAUUCUCAGGCCCACCCACCCCCAGUGACAUAUUUCUUCCAACAGGACAGCAUUUCCUAAAUCUUCCCAAAUGAUACCACCAACUGAGAAGGAUUAAUUUCUCUGACUUCAAGCCUACAUGCUUGCUUUCUGUUACAUGAACCAAUUCAUGAUGAAGAAAACCCUGUAAGCCUUCAGAUGCCUCAACACCUGUGUUACAGUAAUGAAUGCUUACAUGAGAAGAAUAUUCAUGAGUAAAAACUUUUUAAUGAUUUGUUUUCAUUUUAAAUUUGUGAUAUCAAUGUGCCUUUGUGGGUAUGUAUAUGUUUAUGCUGGUUCCCAAGAAGAUUAGACCCUGUAAUCUUGUAGCAGGAAUUUCAGUAAAUUGUCAAAAACCUGACCUUGGUCCUGGGGAUGAAUUUGUCUGAACUGCUUGGUCAUGUCUCUCACCCUGUAAAUAUCAACUUGAUGUUAGAAAAUAGAAAAGAACUCAUAUAAGAGAAAAAUCCUGUUCAUGUAAACAAUUUGGUAAAGACUUUAAACAUCAAAGUUGUCUUCAGUUUCAAGGAAAAAUGUUGUCUCAUCUCUUUUUCUUUAAAUCCUGAAAGAAGUAAAUUAUUUAUCAUGUUCGUGCAAGUGUAAUGGUGAAGAUCAACAUCUGUGGUUGGGUUUGUAUUUUGAAAUACUUGGAGUAGGUAUAGAAUUUGCUGUAUGUGUGGCAAAUCCAUUUAGUAAAGUUUAUUUUGUGGUCCUUGUAUUCCUUCUGUGGCUAUUGUUUAUCUUUUUGCACUUUCACUUGGUUGAUACAUAUUUUUCUGCUGCAUUGUAUAGAAUGUGAUGCCCAUCAUCUAAGUGGUCCAUAUUUAAGUAUCAGGCAGUAUGUGGUCAUACUUUUCAAUUAAGGGUGUCUGUGGAAGGGUAUUGGGUUGUUGUUCCUAGUUUUGUGUUUCAUAUAUUCACAAAUUCCCUUGAGAUGUUCUUUUUGUUAUCUAGCCUGGCUCAGAUAUCUGUAAUUAGUCAGGGAUACAGUUUAACUCUUGAUUCUCAUGUGUCAGCCUCUUGAACACAAGUCCAAAGAUAGAAGAUAUACCCCUGAUGUUUGCUGUUUUGUCUACACAUUUUAACAAUGUUAUGUUAAAAUGCUUAAUAGAAGAGAAUAUAAGAAAAAGUAAAUACCUCAUGUGUGUAUCUAAUGCAGCAUUUUUAUCUCUCUGGCUGAGAUGUAAUAAAGUAUGAUAAUCAUCAAUUUACUGUAUAUCUCACAGCAUAGCUUGAUUUGAUAUGGAUAUAUUAUUUGUCUUCAUGUCCCUAUUAGUUGCCAAUUUGGCACUUCAUUUUGAAGUACUGCCUUCUAGGUGAAAUAUCUAAAGAUGCCAGAUAACAUAACAGCAAUGGGAUUUAUAUUUUCCAAAAUAUGUGGUGUGUGUGUGUGUGUGUGUGUGUGUGUGUGUGUGUGUGUGUGUGUGUGUGUUUAGGCCAUGACAAAUAUGUGGACUAAAGACAACUUUUUGGAGUCUACUUUUCACCGUGUGUGUGUGUGUUUUGUGUGUGUAU